AUGGAACGUUUUGCAUUCAUUUUUUUUUUUUUUAAUCUCUGUAUUUCGUUUUAUUUGUUUUGUUGGCUUAUUUUUUUUUUCUUUUCCUUUUGCUCUUUCUUUCUUUUCUCUCUCUCUCUCUCUCUCUCUCUCUCUCUCUCACGUUUAUUCUUUUAUUCUCUCCUAUCUCCGAUAUUCUUUCUUUUCCGUACAUUUUUUCAUUCAUUUUUCUUUUUUAAUCUUCUGUAUUUUGUUUACUUUGUUUCGUUGGUAUUAUUUUUGCUUGUUCUCUCUCAAUCUAUCUAUCUAUCUAUCUAUCUAUCUAUCUAUCUAUCUAUCUAUCUAUCUCUCUCUCUCUCUCUCUCUCACUAUCUAUCUAUCUCUCAUAUUCUUUCGGUAUAUUUUUUCUUUCACAUUCUCUUUUUUAUUGUAAUUUUCUAUCGCUGUAUUUUUUUUCUUUUAAUUGCCCUCGUCGUCUUUCUUUCUUUUUCUAGUGUUGUAAGAUUAUUCUUUUCCUUCAUUCUUUUCCUGUCUUUCACUUUAAAAGCUCCGACAUCGUUCUCUUUUUUUCACUUCUUUCAGAUAUUUCCGAUUGAUUUUCACUUGUUUUCAGUCUAUCUCCUCCUCCAUAGUAAUGAUGUGAAAAUCGAGCUUACUCUCUCUCUCUUUCUCUCUCUCUCUCUCUCUCUACAUGAAGAAACGCCCCCCCCUCACCGCUAUAAUGUAAAAAGAGGAUUAUUCAUAUCUUUCUGUGUUCAUUAUCUAUCUAUCUAUCUAUCUAUCUAUCUAUCUCAGUCUAUACAUAUCUAUCUAUCUAUCUAUCUAUCUAACUAUCUAUCUACCAUUUAUUUAUCUAAUAUUAUUUAUUUAUUAGAUUGUUUAUUUACUGCCGCUGACAUAAUCCAAAAUAUACAUCUAAAUUCAUCCAGAGAUAUCUUCACGUCUUUUCUUUCACUCUUUUUCUUUUCGUCCUGUCCAGGGGCUUGGCAGCAUUCUCUUUUGAUGUCUCUUUCUAUCUUUCUUUCUUUCUGUCUAAGGACUUGGGUAACGAUUAAAUUGAAACUGCUCUCUCUCUCUCUCUCUCUCUCUCUCUCUCUCUCUCUCUCUCUCUCUCUCUCUCUUUCGUCUCGGUCGUCUGGUCUAGGGAUUCAGGUGACGGAUAAAUCGAAACUGUCUUCUAUCUCUCUUUCGUCCCGAUGUAGCGACAUUCCGCGUACGUCGUAG